GGUGAGAGUGUUGUAAGAGGAUCAUCCAAGAGGAUCACACAGAACACUGACACUUUCCUCACCUUAUACUUUCAAUGUAAACAAGCGAAGAUGACUUCAGUUACAAGCUUUAUUUUAGUCCUUUUCUUUGCUUGCACUUUAAUUCAGUGUAAAAAAGAGCUCACUCUGUCAGAGCGUGUCCAGCAGUUGUCAGAUGCCGGUUUGAAAAAACCAGUUUUGCGCUUCAAUGGGGACAAGUUUCGGCAGUAUGUUAAAGGCACUCCUCGCAACUAUUCUAUGAUUGUAAUGUUCACUGCACUAGCGCCAUCUAGACAGUGUGGUAUCUGCAGGCAUGCACAUGAUGAAAACCAGCUAGUGGCCAAAAUCCCGGAGUAAAUCUUUAGGGCAUCCAACAAGGGUUUCUUUGCCCCUUGUAGACUUUAUGAAGGCCCAGAGGGCUUUCAACAGCUGAGACUCAAUUCUGCUCCUGUGUUUAUGCAUUUCCCAGCCAAAGGCAAGCCCAAGAAGGUAGAUACCCUGGAUAUUCAGCGAGUUGGUUUUGCUGCUGAGAACAUAGCUCGCUGGGUUGCUGAAAGGACUGAUAUUCAGAUCCGUGUUUUCCGGCCCCCUAAUUACUCGGGCCUACUGGCACUGGUGGUUCUCCUGGCAUUGGUUGUUGGUCUUUUGUAUCUUCGAAAGAAUAACCUCGACUUCCUCUAUAAUAAAACUACAUGGGCCCUUGGUGCACUGGCUUUCACCUUUGCGAUGACAUCAGGCCAGAUGUGGAACCACAUUAGAGGACCACCAUUUCUACAAAAAACUCAAGCUGGAAAUAUUGCAUACAUUCAUGGAUCAUCACAGGGACAGUUCAUUGUUGAAACUUACAUUGUAGCCAUGCUUAAUGCAGCAGUUGUAUUGGGGAUGAUUCUGAUGACCGAAGCUGCCAACAAACGUGAUGAUGUUCGGAAACGCCGCAUCUAUGCCAUCAUUGGCCUUGGCCUUGUCGCCUUCUUUUUCUCACUGUCUUUGUCCAUAUUCCGUUCAAAAGCUCAUGGAUAUCCAUAUAGUUUUCUCCUGAAGUAGGCAUGGAAAAACAAGGAAAAGGAAACUCCAACAUCUGUUUUCGUUUUGUGAGAUUAUUUUUAUUGUGAGCUUUAUCUAGUUCCUGUUUCAGCUAUUGUUGCCUUACACUUGUGUAGCAUAACAUACCAUACUUUAGAAAUUAUCUAUUUAUUGUAGACUAUAAUUUUUUUAGUACUGUAUUCUUAUAGUUGACUAUGCUUGUUUGAAUGGUUUGUGUAAAUAGAAUUAUAUUUGACGAGAUUUAACUUUCAUUAAGUAUUACAUUCCAAAGAGGUUUAUGGCUUCCCACCCACUUUUAUUUUUAAAGAAUACACAUUAUCAAAGUCUGUCAUGUAUGAUUAAUUUACUUUCAUGUAUAUCACAGAAAAAUCUUUUUGUUGGUCUUCUCUUUAAGGUGGUUGGUGAAUUCUCAAAAAGACAGUUUAUUAAAAAUCCUGUAAUAAAAAACUAUGCAGAUUUUCUA